AUGGAUGAUGUUGGCAUCAACCUGGGAGACCCAAGUGAUUCUGGGUACCCAACCUCACCUACAUCAGAGGCCGCUGAUCAGAACCUUUUAACCCAGCGUUUGACUUCUCCUCAACAGUCACCACACAGAAGACGACGCAGCCAUCAGUCUGGUGCAGAGGGGCUCUCACCUUCCACUCCUCUUACACUGACCACCAAAGCCAACUCCAGCAGUGGCAGUUUGAUCUCUAAUCUAAAGCUCCUGAUCAACAGUGAGUCUCCCACCAACAGUGUCUUCAGUAAGAUGCCGAGGGAUUAUUACGAGAGUGAAGAUUUGUUUGAAAAGCACUACAUGGAAGAAAAAGAUGAGAAAGUUGUCAUCAAUAUUUCAGGACUGAUGUUUGAGACCCAGCUCAGCACCCUGAAUAAGUUUCCAGAGACACUGCUUGGAGACCCUAUGAAGAGGAUAAGCUAUUUUGACCCAAUGAGAAACGAGUACUUUUUUGACAGAAACCGUCCAUCUUUUGAUGGGAUUCUCUACUACUAUCAGUCAGGAGGGAGAAUCCGCAGACCAGCCAAUGUACCUUUAGAUGUAUUUGCAAAUGAAAUUGUUUUCUAUGAAUUGGGUCAUGAAGCAAUGGAGCAGUUCCGUGAAGAUGAAGGGUUUAUCAAAGAGCCAGAAGUUCUUUUGCCCACCAAUGAACUCCAGCGACAGUUUUGGCUACUGUUUGAAUACCCAGAGAGCUCCAGUGCGGCCAAAUCUGUUGCUCUGGUUUCUGUCCUUGUUAUUGUCAUCUCUAUCUUCAUAUUCUGCCUAGAGACUCUGCCAGAGUUCAGGGAGGACAAUGACUUUAUUCCGGGUGUAACCCAAUUUAUCAAUGGCAGCCGAGAAGAUGCUAACCUUCAUCAGACCACUAAAAACCUGCUAGCAUAUUUCACUGAUCCCUUUUUCAUAGUGGAGACUAUUUGCAUAAUUUGGUUUUGCUUUGAACUCGGUGUCCGCUUCGUAGUGUGCCCAAGCAAAAGUGAUUUCUUCAAUAACAUCAUGAAUAUCAUCGACAUCGUCUCUAUUAUUCCUUACUUUGUAACCCUGGGAACAGAGCUGGCUACAACACCUGAUGACGAUAUGAACUCUAGUCAGAACAUGUCUUUAGCAAUCUUAAGAAUCAUCCGACUAGUGAGAGUCUUCAGAAUUUUUAAGCUCUCCCGACACUCAAAGGGACUUCAGAUUUUGGGGCAGACCCUGAAAGCCAGCAUGAGGGAACUGGGCCUGCUAAUCUUCUUCCUAUUUAUAGGAGUCAUCCUAUUCUCAAGUGCCAUCUACUUUGCAGAAGUGGAUGAGCCCCAGACACAAUUUGUUAGCAUCCCUGAUGGCUUCUGGUGGGCUGUGGUGACGAUGACCACUGUGGGUUACGGCGACAUGUGCCCCAUCACCAUGGGAGGCAAAAUGGUCGGCACUCUCUGUGCCAUUGCUGGUGUCCUGACCAUUGCCCUACCCGUCCCUGUCAUCGUGUCCAACUUCAACUAUUUUUACCACCGUGAGACUGAGCAGGAGGAGAAACAGGUGAUGGAUGCAGCAGCAGAGGCUGCCCAGAAAAUGUCAGCUGCAAAUAAGUGUGGAAGCACACUUUCACUAAACAAAAGUAACAGCACCUGGCAGAAUGAAAAGAAUGGCAUGCACUGA